UCUCACUCCAGAUGGCUGAGAACACAACCAGAGCCCCUCAGGACAUCCUCAGCUCUUCUCCUGAUGAAAACGAAUUUCCCUUUGGAUACCCAACCAGCAUUUGUGAGGAUGUGCCUGGCCAGAAGUACCUGUGCAGCAACUGCAAUAAUGUCCUGAGGAAAGCCCUGCAGACCCUGUGUGGGCACAGAAACAAUAAGAAUGCAAUUUGCCAGAAAUGUAAAGAGGAAGAUCCCAACACUCUGAGUGAGGAGAGUCUUUUGGCAGAAGAAAAGCAGAGCCACUCUACAUCCUCAGGCAGCAAUGAUGGAUGCUGCUUUUCUGAAGUUGGCUGUUCAUUCAGGGGAAGCAAAGAGGAGAUAAAGGAGCAUGAGAAAACUGCAGUUGGUGCCCACAUGCUGCUCCUGCUGCAGCACAUGAGGCAGCUGAAGGGAAGUUUGUGCUCUGCUCCCAAAGCUGCAUGGAAAAGCAUCUCCAACCUGCAGAUCCCAGUGGGGCUGGAACUCGAUGGGGAGCUGGAAGUGGACUGCUUUCCUGGCCCUUCUGCUUCUGAAGAUGAGUCUGUUCUGCAACAGCUCCUGAGGGAGAAAAUGAUUUCUGAGCUCGAAAAUAAGCUGCAGGUGUUUGAGAAUAUUGUGGCAGUGCUCAACAAGGAGGUUGAGACCUCUCAUUUGGAGAUCACAGCCUUUCGGAGACAGAGUGAGCUGGAUCAGAAUAUCAUACGAGGCCUUGAACUGAAGAUUGCAGAGCUGCACCGGUGCCUGAUGCAGAAGGAUGCAGGUCUGAGCAGCCUGCACAAGAGCCUUCUGUUCUCUGAGCAGGCGUCCUACGACGGAGUCUUUCUGUGGAAAAUCACAGACGUAGGCAGGAAGCUGCAGGACUCUGUGACUGGCAGAACAGUGGGUUUGUAUUCCCCAGCUUUCUACACUGCAAAGUAUGGCUACAAGGUCUGCCUGAGGGUGUACCUGAACGGGGAUGGGACAGGGAAAGGAACCCACAUGUCCCUGUUCUUUGUUGUCAUGAAAGGAGACUAUGAUGCUUUGCUCCCAUGGCCCUUCAGGCACAAGGUGACAUUUAUGUUGCUUGACCAAAACAACAGGGAACACAUCAUUGAUGCAUUUCGGCCGGACUUGACUUCUGCUUCAUACCAGAGACCAGUGAAUGACAUGAACGUGGCAAGUGGCUGCCCCAUGUUCCUGCCCUUGGCCAAGUUACAGUCCCCCAAAUAUGCCUAUGUGAAAGAAGACACACUUUUCCUUAAAUGCAUCAUAGAAACCAAUUAG